AUGGCCGUGCGAGCUGCAGAAUGGCACAAGCUGCCCCUGUCCCUCACCGAGCUCUGCAUAAACACAACAUUGCGCUGCGGCCAGUCCUUCAGAUGGCGGAAAUCAGCAGAAGACGAGUACUCCAUGGCCCUCCACGGCCGCAUACUGUCCUUCCGCCAGGACGCCACCCACCUCCACUACCGCGCCAUCUUCCCCCCCUCCCUCCCCACCCCGCCGCCUUCGAAUGCGCCCUCCCUUGCGCCUUCAGUCGUAUCCGAUGACGACGACACUCUCGCCCUUGUUCGCCAUUACCUCAACUUGGAGCCAAACUUGGUGCAGCUUUACGAGCAAUGGGCGUCCGAAGACCCCAACUUCAAGAAGCGUGCGCCAAAGUUCACGGGCAUACGCAUCUUGCGCCAAGAUCCGUGGGAGGCCCUCAUAGGCUUCAUAUGCAGCUCAAACAACAACAUCAGCCGGAUAUCAGGCAUGGUCCACAACCUGUGCAAGCACUACGGGCCACUCAUUGGACAUGUCGGUGACGAGCCGUACCAUGACUUUCCUACGCCGGAAGCACUCGCAGACCCGAAGGUCGAGGCGCAUUUGAAGGAGCUGGGCUUCGGGUACAGGGCGAAGUACAUUGCGAAGACGGCGCAAAUAGUGGCAACAGACAAAAGCCUGGCCUGGCUGGAAGAGCUGUGCAAUCCCGAGAGUCCGGUGUUUGGCCAAGAGCCAAAACCUGCUGGACAAUUAGAGAUGGGCGGGCGCGAGGGAUAUCGGAAGGCACACGACGAGCUUCUUGCCUUGCACGGUGUGGGUCCGAAGGUUGCGGACUGCGUUUGCUUGUUCGGGCUCGGGUGGUCUGAAUCGGUGCCCGUCGACACCCAUGUAUGGCAGAUUGCGCAACGCGACUACAAGUUUGGAAAAGGCAAGCACAGCAGUCUGACCGCAGCUACAUACACUGCUGUCGCGAACCGCUUCCGCGCGCUCUGGGGCAAAGAGGCAGGAUGGGCGCACUCUGUGCUGUUCACCGCUGAUCUGAAGGCUUUCUCGGAGCGCGUUGUUGCCAAAACCGAAGUCAAGGAGGAGGUCAUCACCGUGAAAAAGGAAGAAGACGGUACGGAGGAGAUCGAAGACGUGAAGAAAAUAGAAACAAUCAAGAGGAAGCGAGUUAAGAAGGAAGUCGACGAGCCAGAGCACAUCGUCGAGGUCAAAGAAGAGGUGUUGACGCGCAGCAGCAGGAGGCGGAGGGCGAGGUAG